CUUUCAACACCUGCCGUCGUCUCACAUCCAUUAAAGACUCAAGAUGACUUCACCUCGAUAGCAUAGUCCUGUUCUGCACAAGGCUGUCUAUCCCAAACCUCCACCAUGGAGCCGCACUGCGAAGAAAUCGCCCGAGUCAGCUACACCAACUUCGGGCUCUCUCUAUUCAUCCUUGUCGGUAUUCUGAUAUCUUACCUACCGCAACACAUUCGCAUUAUCCGCCUGCGCUCCUCCUUCGGGCUGUCCCCAUACUUCGUCCUGCUAGGCACCACCAGCGGCACCUGCGCCUUUGCGAAUAUCCUUGUCCUCCCAAGAUCGCGAGCCGAUAUCGCCUGUUGUCGGGAGGUGGAUGAAUUUGCUUGCCUGGCUGGGCUACUGGGGAUCGCACAGGUGGGCGUCCAGUGGUGCUGUUUUGGAGUGAUCCUCCUUUUAUUCCUGAUAUUCUUUCCGCGCAACCAACUCCCCUCUGCACCGCUCGAUGAGGACAUCGCCGACGGCCUCGAUUACAAUCCUCCCGACUACUCCGCCACAUCAGACAUACCUCCGCCAUCCCCCGUGAAAGAAACCGCGCCCCUCGCCCCAUCCUACCGCACCGCUCUGGUCGUCGUCGCAAUCUGUGUCUUGCAUGCCGCAGUCACAGCAAUCCUAUCGUUCUAUUUUAUAUACGCCGCCCCUCGCCAUGCACAAUCAUGGGCCAAUUUCCUGGGCAUAUUGUCGACCGUGCUCGCGAGCAUCCAGUAUUUUCCACAGAUAUACACCACUUACACCCUCAAGAGAGUGGGGAGCUUGAGCAUACCGAUGAUGUGCAUUCAAACACCCGGCAGCUUCGUCUGGGCUGGUAGUCUUGCAGCAAGAUUGGGACCGGAAGGAUGGUCAGCAUGGGGUGUGUACUUGGUGACUGGGUGUUUGCAGGGCACAUUGCUGGUGAUGGGAAGCUAUUUCGAGAUCGUCCGGAGGAGGAAAGAGAAGGAGGAUCUGAAGAGGCGGAUGCAUUACAACCCGAGUGUAGAGCCGGAAGAAACAAGAGGAGAGGAGGCAUCGGAAGCGACACCAUUACUUAGAUCAGAUUGAAUCCUGGGAAAUGACCAAUUUAUGCCUGGCCUGGAAUUCUUGCAUUUUGCACGUUGUCUGUGGCCCUUUGAUCGAGAGCAUUGAGGGGAGUUUCUUAACGCCCCUCGUCAUUAUAAACUUGUCCUGGGAACCUGUGGAGGCGAUGGUUCUUCCGGAGCAUGACGUUUACCGUCCGCCAGCGCUGUCAUUUCUUCCAACUCUUUGUCCGUCAUGCCAUCGACAGUGUGCUGGCCGGUCUCUGAAGCAUCUCUCGCGUCACCAAUUUCAAUCCCAUAUUUCGAGAAAUCAAACUCCUCCAGCGAGGCCAGCAUCUCUGCCCAUCCGUCC